AUGGAUUGUAAGAGCGUAUCUCUGGGACGUUCUGGAACGAAGGGAGAUGGCAAAGUGGAAGGCGUUGACGGACUCAACUUGGACAGGUCAUGGAAUGGUGGGUGGGGAAGGAGAGUGCGCGCGGGGGUCGGAGAGAGGAUUGUCCCUUGGGAGUGGUCGUACAUGGACAUUGUCGCGAGCGUGUGCUCGUCGAUUGCUGCUUGCGCUGCAGAGCGGGAAGAAUGCAUGGAAUUAUUGAAGAAGUCAUUCAGUGUUGGUCAACAAUGCGGAUGCGUGAAUGCGAAUUCAAAUAGGAAGGCGAGCGUAAAACAAGAAGGACAACGGAGGAGAGGCAACACAAACGGCGGAGCAAGGAGUGGGAGGGAUGGGAGGGAUGAAAGACAAAAAGAUGGGAGGAGAUGGAUGAGCAACUAUUGUGCAGGUUAUUAUGAAGUGGACCGGCUGCUUACACUUUAUGUUGAAGGACGGUGUAGUCAGCUCGGUGGCAUCAUUGUGCGAUCUGAGGCUCGACGCGGGCAUCACAACAGCAGAUUGGAGAGACGAGUGCAGUGA